AUGAUCGACGAAGAGCUGUCAGAUUUUCUGGAUGAGAGCGAAGAAGAUUACGAUGAAGAUUCAUCACUUUGGAAUUAUAAUGAUUGGUUAGCAUCGGGCAUUGAAACAUCCGCUGACAUAAAUCAAUUUUUCGAUAAUGAUUACGUUCGCUUAACAUCACUUUCACCGCCAAACUCUUCGACGCCAAUUGACAGUUCGACGUCAUUCAAUUCUCUUCCAUCGGAAUCUUCAUCAUCUGCGUUAGUGUAUUCCUUGAUAGACUUAACAGAAAAUUGCAUUUCACCCGCCUUGUCUCAGUUAGUCAAUCAAUUAUAUUGGAUUCUUCUAUUUUGUUGUUUAUUUCGUCUGAUUUGUUUGUCAAAAUUAUUCAAGUCUCAAACACUUCACUAUAUUCAGAUCGGCUCCAGUAUCUUAAUAUUGUACAAUUACUUUCACUUUCAAUCGAUAUAUUUGUUAACGUAUAUCUUCAUGGGAUAUUUAGCUUUUCAACUCUGUUUGGAAAAAUGUCAGCAAUAUUUAACGUACAUCAUUGUUUGUUUCUCAAUCAUCUAUGUACUCGCAUGUGAAUUUAUUUUGAUUGAACAAGAAAAAUGGCAUAGCAUUCGUGGAGUACAAAUGUGCAUAAUGAUGAAAAUGAUCUCUCUAGCCAUUGAUUAUCCUUAUUUUGAGAAAUUAUCAACAACGAACACAAACGAAUCGGUACUUUAUCCGACAAGUAUAGAAUUUUUCAGUUAUAUACUUUCCAUUCAUAAUACCAUAUUUGGUCCAUGGGUUAAUUAUCGAAAUUAUAUCAGUCGUUUCCACGAAAAAGCUUCCAUACGCAAAAUCGACUUUUUUGAAUUAGCCAAAUGGACGUAUUAUUUUCUUCGACUUGCUAUCUGUCUUCUUGUUUCCACUUGUUUAACCGAUUGGUUUCUUCGAAAUAUAUUUUCGUAUGAUGAGCAACAAGCCAACCAGCGAAACAGUUGGCGUAUUGCUUAUAUUCAAGCGCUGUCGUAUCGAUUUAGCCAUUACAGUGUCUGUUUUAUCGGUGAACUAUGUGGUCAAAUCAGCGGACUCGAAUUUGAUGCUAAUGAAUACCGGAACUAUACGUAUAUUUGUCAGCAAGCAAAAGAACGGAUUGAUACGGAAAGAAAAUCUCGUGAACAAGCAAAGAUUGACAUGACAAUGAAAGCAUCAGAUCUGCAAACAGGAAAACGAAAACAUAAGAACAAGAAAAGUAAUCUGAAACAAGACGAGCACGACGGAAUAACAACAAGCGAUAAACAGACUAUUUCUAGUCAGAUAAAUACUUCGAUGGAAAAUGAAUCUUCCACAUCCGUUGAACCUGAAUCAACGAUCAAUGAAGAAUCAGAGUCUUCUCUCAAUCGAUCUCUACUCAAUCGGCGUAGUUCAAAAAAAUCUUCUUCAAAUAGUUCAUUGACAUUACUUUCAUCAUUGAAACGUAAAACUUUCGUUCGACCUAAUCUAGUCACUUCAUCAUCAACAAAACAAACUUCGUCUUCGACUUUGUUGUCAUCGAGUCAUUCCCAUUCAUCAGCGAUCGUCAAACCAUUCCAUAUUGAAUUGCCACACUCGCUGGUCGAUGUUGUUGUCAAUUGGAAUUUACCAAUGCACUAUUGGCUAAAAAUCUAUGUUUACAUGCCCAUGAAACAACGCUACGGCCAUUUGGCAUCCAUUCUUGUUACAUAUCUUGCAUCAGCCCUUUUACAUGGUUUCAAUUUUCAACUAUCCAUCGUGUUAUUCUCGAUCGGUUUAUUUGCCUACGUGGAAUACGGUUUUCGACGUAAAUUAGCGAACAUACUCGACGCAUGUGUCACAGCGCGCACAUGUCCAUCACAUUCUUCAUGUGACAAGCAUACACACACAUACUGGCACCCAUUAACCGUGCUCGUCAAUACGUUUUUAUGUCUUCUUAGCUUGUGGCAUCUUACCUAUUUGGGACAACUAUUCGAUAAUAGCUCACAGGAAUCAAUUGGUUAUUCUUGGCAACAUGUUCUUGAUAAAUGGGCUCGACUUAAUUUCGCUUCACAUCUGGUUGUUAUUGGCACUUACGCUAUAUUUCGAUCAUUAUAA